AGGCUUUUACACAUUUUCACAUUGUCGUUCACUGCUUUUCCAUCAUUCCAUUUACAUUUUCAGCUCGUACACAGAGAUAGUUGCAGAUUGUUUCCGAGGCACAUUUCUUGUGUGCAAAGCCGUUGUAGUUUGUACAUUUUCAGCUCGUACGCAGAGAUAGUUGCAGAUUGUUUCUGAGGCACACUUCUUGUGUGCAAAGCCGUUGUAGACAGUCAUCAUGUCGAGCCAGGAAGAUCUUGACGCCAAGGCCGCCGCUGGAGAGACGGUGGUGCCCGGAGGCACUGGCGGAAGGUCCUUUCAAGCUCAGAAGAACCUUGCAGAAGGCCGCAGCAAAGGAGGGCAAGCUCGUGCGGAGCAGCUGGGUCAUGAAGGAUACGUAGAGAUGGGCAAGAAGGGAGGCUCUGCUACAACUGACAUGUCCAGUGGAGGCGCUGCCGAGGCUGCCGGUCGCGGCAUCGACGAGACCAAGUUCACCACCUAGACUAUACACAUAGUGUAAAGAUGGAGUGAUCCGUGUGUGGGUACUGUUGAGAGUUGUGACGCGUAAGGCUCCGCCGAGACGCAUUUUGUACAUGGUUAUGCGAUGUGAAUAUGACAACGUCUUGAGCUUCAUCUCCAAGCUUUGAACUCUU